UGAGAAGCGGCGAGCAACAUCAGCCAAAACGGGGAUGUAAUUGCUGCGCAGAAGCGGAUGAUAAUGCCAAUUAGCGCGGCGGUGCGUGGCGAUUUCGUCUGGAAAGUGAAAAACGGUGGCGAACAUCGGCCAAGCCGAAGAUGCGAUUUCUGUAAUUUGUAGUUUCUGUAAUCGUGGAAUUCGUGUAAUUUGGACGAAACGCGAAGGAAGUUGGUGAGCGGGGAAAGUCGGAAAGUUGAGUACCCGCAACUGGGUAGGAUAAGCGAGCAUCGAGCACUAUUUACGACGAGUGUGUCAAAUGUCCGCCCAUACAUAGACCUACACAGCCAGUAGUGCAUAUCUGUUAUUUCUCUGUCACAGUUUUAUACACCAUCUAUAUGUAUAAACUAUGAGAUAUAUAGUUCGUGCCAGCGGCUCGUAUAUCUUUCAGUUCAUUUCCUGACACGUUCCACACAACCAAGGGAGUAACGUUUGUCAUGUGAUACCCCGCGUUUGUAAUCCUCCCCUUUCAAUUUUUCCACAAUUUCUCGAUUACACGUAGCUCAGUUGCAACGAUCGUAACCCAAUUAGUCGGCUCUUACAACUCUGUCGUGUCAUAUUGUACGUAACGUGCGCGUAUUUCGCGUGUUUCGCUUACAGUAUAGUGUUUGCUGGUAUUUGGCUGCGCUUUUCAAUCAACUACACCUUUGUUUCGCGUAUAUAAAUAUGUUUGGUGGUGGUAAAGUGUCCGCGAUUGUAUUUACAUUGGCACGCUGAUAUCGUACACGUUGGAAUUGCAGUUAGUGCGGAUCGGUGGCAUACGUAUCGUGUGAGAUGUAUGAUUUUUGACGAAAUGCUAUGAAUAACAUGUCGAAUUACGAUAAUACAGGGAAAAAAGUAAACGAGAUGCGGCCGCUGAAUUUGCCACCUGUGAAAUAUCAGAACGCGUUAUUGAUCAAUGUUAGGUCGCCCAAGAGUAGCUCGCAGUUUGGCAAAUUCGACAAUCUGAAGCCGGAGAUAGACACCAUCGGAAUGUUGGAGCCGGUAGCAGCUUCCGUCAGCGCCUUCAACCCAAAGACCGACAGCUUACACGCGUCUAUGAGGCCGAUCAUCAUGUUGGCGCAAUGCUUCUCCUUGUUCCCCGUGUCCGGUAUUAACAACUCCGAUGCAUCGUAUCUCAGGUUCACCUGGCGCAGCCCGAAAUUCGUAUAUUGUGCGAUGUCAAUUUUUGGCUCGUCGAUAAUGACGAUAUUCAACAUUUUGAGAAUAGUUACGACCGGAGUAAAUUCCACGAAAAUGACCACGUUCGUAUUCAAUGGGACGAAUUUGAUCGCUUCGUUGCUGUUCCUAAAGUUAUCGAUCCAGUGGCCCUGUUUGAUGGUAACUUGGGAGAAACUCGAGAAAGAGCUUUCGCACAGGCAUAGAAAAAUCUCGAGGAUCACCCUGGCCACGAAAUUCAGUAUCGUGACCAUAGUAGUGAUGAUGAUUGCAUUAGUCGAACACGGUUUGUCGAUAAUCCACGGCUACAUCCAAGCUAAAGAGUGCGCCCUGUACAAAGCAGAAGAGGAUAUACUUGGUGUGUAUUUCCAGAUGCAGUUUCCACAGAUAUUUUCAAGGAUACAGUACAGUUUGUGGAAAGGAGUAUUGGUGGACAUCUGCAAUAUUCUCAGUACGUUCUCGUGGAAUUUCGUCGACCUGUUUCUCAUCCUUAUCAGCAUCGCCUUGACGGAUCAGUUUCGUCAACUGAACAGUCGUCUGAAUUCUAUAAGGGGCAAGCAUCAUUUCAUUGUUAAGGCAAUGCCCGAAUGGUGGUGGGCCGAGGCAAGGAGCGAAUACAAUCACUUGGCAACGCUAACGAGGCAACUGGACUCCCAUAUCUCCGUUAUGGUUCUCCUCUCUUUCGCUACCGAUCUGUAUUUCAUCUGCAUACAACUGCUUUUCUCUUUCACUCCGAUGCGAGGCAUCAUCGAGAAAAUCUACUUCGGCUUUUCCUUUGGAUUCCUGUUGGCGAGAACGACAGUGGUCUCCCUGUGUGCCGCAACGAUUCACGACGAGUCGUUACUCCCGGCCCCGAUCUUAUACAGCGUUUCUGGAAGCAGUUUCUCGACGGAAGUAAUGAGAUUCCUGGCGCAAGUAACAACGGAUAACAUUUGCUUGACGGGCAUGAAAUUCUUCUCGGUGACCAGGAGCCUCGUAUUAACAGUAGCGGGAACCAUAGUGACGUACGAACUGGUGCUGGUGCAGUUCAACACGACGCAGCAAAGUGAAGUGUCGAACAGUACCGUGUGCGAGGUGAAGUAACCACGUUUUAAAACGUCUUUCGACGCGCUUACGAGGAAUUUCACUUAAAUCAUCGCCUUCCAGCCUUAACGUGUUGCUUUACGAUUCCCCAUUAUAAAUAUUCCCAUAUCUUAAGUAGAAUAGCGCUUAUUGACUAAUCUGCUGUAUAUAAGUGCACAGUGUGAAGAACGUCGAGCGAGCUACGCUUGUCCCAGAGAUAGGUUGACAUCGAGAACGAAAUUUCUCUUCUACAAGGAGAUGUACUUCUCUGGAAAUUGGUAUUAGAUGGACCGCGGAUUUUUAUGCGAAUUAAAAUUUAUAGGCAAACGCGAUAGUAGGAGAUAGAGCUUGAGCGAAGAUUCGUUUCCUCCGUUCGAAACUGUAACGAGAAUUUUGCUCGAACGUCUUGUACGUCUUCUUAUUUAUUAUACGCAUUUUCCGAAUCUUCGUACGUCGUAUGAACGCAUAAAAAUCUGCGCAUCUGACGAUAAAUAUCGUUUCGAAAAAUCUUGCGACUACACGCUAAAUCUUACAACAACGUGGCUGUUUCCGUCGAAAUUGAGAACAGCGAGGCAUUAUGAGACGAGACAUCGUAACAAGAUGUAAGUCUAGGCUCUGGACCGGAUGAUAAAACGUCGACAUCGGGAUGGUUCUGCUUAAACGAUUUUCGUUAAAUUUGGUAGAACAUUUAAUUGCUUCGGAUCAUUGCAUCAUACAAUUAUUCGUCGAUUUACUUUCCCCUUGAUUUAGUUUCAUUCUUAUUUUCUUUCUUUUCUUCAGGGCUAGAUCAGGGCCUUUUAAACCACUGACCAAUACACAGGGGGUAGCGUAACAGAAUUAUGGGGUCGUGAAAAUUUUUCCAGCUGCCACACGCCACUGAAACGAGACACGUUAGUCACCACACGUUGAAGGAUCACGAGGGAUACGCCGAGUUAUUAAUCGACACAAGUAUAAAACACCAGCUUUAAACAGCAGCUUAAAAAAACGUUCAGAGGGACCUUUGCUUGGAAUUUAGCUUUGUCCCAGUAAGUGAUAAUGCGUGGUAAAGUUAGAAACAUAACAAGUAGUUGUUUAAAAUUAAACUUCCUUCGUUUAUUAUCGAUUAAUGUUUCGUUUGUAUAUUUAUUUUAUCUACCUUUCUGUGUAUAUAAUUGGGAUCGCGUCAAAUUUUCGCCGGGGCAAAAUGUGACGGCGAGUGGAAGAAGUUUAAGAAGCUUGAUAAUUGAAAAAUCACAAUGUAUAUACAUUGUACAUACAAUAUAACAUUUCGAGUGAUUUAUGAUUUAUGUUUCAUACGUGCUUAAUUUUUUAAUUAUAACGAUUUAUAUUGUAGUAAUUUGUAGGAAAAUUGUCCCGUGAGUGCUGCUUUGAAAACCGACUUUUGUAUAGUUAACGUGCGUUAUAUAUAAUUAACAAUUUUCCUCUCUAAAAAUUAGGCAACGUCCAUUUCAUAUUUAUCGAGUAGCUUCGCAACAGUAAGCAAAAUCUUUUUGCACGAAAUAAUGCUUCGUACAUUGAACGAAACAUUAACACGAGAAACAAUAGGAGUAUAAUCUGAGUAGAUAAUAAGGGCAUUACUCGAUUGUUAACAGUGUCACGGAAUACUGAAUAAACUGAAUAUAUUAUCUUGUAAUAUAUAACGUUUCUCAAGUAUAAUUUUAGCGCUGUUCAGCGAUAAGAAUUGAAACGGAUCAUCUGGAAUCGUAGAGAUAACGUACAAUCGAUUAAAUUGGGUAAGUACGAAA